ACUGAGCUCUCUCUCUCGGCCGACGCUCUGUUACAAAGUCGGAACUUGUCCGGAGUUGUCGAUUAAAUCGUCUUUCAUCUAGUCCAUAGGGGCUUAAAAAAAAUAAUUUUCAUAAUGUGGAAGUUAACGCCAAAGUUUCUUUUGCUUUUGUUGCUGGUUUUGCCUGCAUCUGUUCUUUUAACACAAAAUGAGAAGAAGGCUUCGCUAGUGGCCACAGCUCAGGAAGAUGACAAGGUAGAAGAUAUUGUUGAGGGAGAAGAUGAAGAUGCCCAGGUUGAAGAAGAAGAAGGGGAAGGCGAUGGAGAAGAAACUGAUGAUGAUGAUACUGCUGCAGCAGAAGCGGAAGGAGAGACAGAAGAGGAGGAAGAAGAAAGAUUGAAACCCUCACCAGAUGCUGAAGUCUCUUAUCUGUUCACUAAGUGGUCUGAACAAGAGCUUCCAGUAAGCAAGCCUAUUCAACUUCUCAUUGGAUUUAGCAACAAAGGCAGUAAAGACUUCAUCCUGGAUACAGUUCAAGCAUCAUUGAGAUAUCCACAAGAGUUUAGCUACCACAUCCACAAUUUUUCAACAAUUGCGUACAACACUGUGGUUGAACCUGGCAAGGAAGCAACGCUUGAAUACCAAUUUCAAGUGUAUGAAGUGUUCGCAACUCGUGCAUUUGGCUUUGUAGUAGAACUCUUUUACAAAGAUGAAGAGAAUAACUUAUUCUUUGAUGCAGUAUUUAAUGAAACCAUUACAAUGAUUGAGAUUGAUGAAGGCCUAGAUACUGAAACAUUUUUCAUGUAUGUAUUCCUUGGAGCUCUGGUCAUCCUCUGCCUCUUUGGUAUUCAGCAAUUAUUUGCUUCUUUUGGUAAAAAGCGCAAAACUUCCCCAAAACCAGUUGAAAUGGGCACACAAAACCAUGAUGAUGUUGAUAUGGACUGGAUCCCAAAGGAAGCACUUAUCCAAAAAAAGACCCCUUCCCCCCGCAGGUCUCCACGUCGCCGCACCAAGCGCAGUACUGGCUCAGGCGACGAGUGAACUUCCAUGUAGAGUCACGGCCUCCUGAUCUAUGGGUGGAGACAUGCAAACCAAAGGAGGAAGGGAAUAUCAAAAUUUGCAAUUUUACAGUGGAUUUCAGCAUCAUCCUAGUGAAGUUUCUUAAGUGCGUAUGGCGUCGGAAAAGGAAAUACAACAUCCAGAGUCUUAUAGAAUAUAAAACAAGCAGCCAUAUUAGUUUAUAUGUCACAAUUAACAAAAUAUAGGAAUGGCACUAGUGGCAACAUUUUAUUCUGCAAUAUUGCACAUUUGUGUGGUUUCUUUAGGUGGUAUGUGUGAUAAACAUACUGUGUCACUGGCAGAUCCAGGGAUUCUAAAUAGACGGGGAAAGGAAGGAGGGUUGUUGGGGGCAGAGAAUUUUAUGUCUAGCAUGGUACCUCUAAAUGGACAAAAAUGGCACUCUUAAAUUUAUUCUGAAAUUUGAAUGUAAUCUUCUUUUUCAUUUUUUUUUUUUUUUUCAAGGAGGGUGGCUGUGCCAUCCCCUUGAAUCCGCCAGUGCAUAUAUAUAAAAUUGUGGAAUAAAAUAUGUUUUAAGUGCUGUUCCUAUAUUUUUUUAAAUUAAAAUUGUUAAUAUAUGUACUACAAGUACUUAGGGAAUUGCAUUGUCUACUUACUAAACGUCAUCCAUGAUUCACUACAUAUAAAGACUAUAGAAUACUACUGUAUUACAGUUUUUGAAAUCUACUGCAACUCUUUCCAUAAAGCACCUUAUUACCAUCAUUUCUAAUAUAAAUGAUGAUGCAAUGCUGUCCUGAAGCAGCUUUUCUAAUUGUUGAAAUACAAUAUAUAUCAUGGUGUUAUAUCAACACUAGUACUAUAAUUCACAAUUUGUUGGUGUUUUUUUUUUCAUCUCUGAAAUGGUUAUGUUUACUUUAAUUAUUGAUUAAAAUCUUAUGUUACAAGAUUAAAUACCUUAUGAACUAAUUGCGAUUAUUUAGAUUAAUUUAUUUCUCAUACAUUUUCACAAAAUAUUGAUCUGUUUUGCCAUCCAUGAUCAGUUCACUUUGAUAAUUAUUAAAAUGAAAUAACACAUUUUUAAAUUUUGAGUCAUGAAGUCAUUAUUCCUAAUUGUUAAUUUAUUGAACUAUAAUAUUUACAUGUGUUUUUUAAGUAUAUGUAAAUAAGAUGAUGUGUGGUGCAUAUGAUUAAUUGUUAACAAUAUGGUGGUUAGUAAUUAUGAAAGCCAGAUACAGUACAUUAAUGACAAAAUUGUCUCAUUUUCAUGAGGGCCUAUACCAAGAAAAAUCAAGGUGUCCCUGUAAGGAAUUAGUGUGUGUAGGCCUAAGUAUGACUUGAAAAAUUUCCCUUUCAAAAAUAUUUAUCUGAAAUUAUUUUAUGAAUUCACUCAUCCCAUUGUACUGUAUAGGAAAUAUAUUAAAAUGUGAAUAUUUUACUGGUUUGUAUAUCAGUACAGUACUAAAGUUUGUUUUAAUGUGAUUUUCUCUUCUACAAGUAAAUGUACUAUGAUUUUCUUCAUCCAAGAUUGGACGUUUUGCAUAACUGUUAACAUUUUCCUCUCUUUUGGAGUAAUGAUUACAGUAUUAUUAUGAGAAACCUUUCUAUGAACUAAAAUUCGUUCUUCAUUCCAUAUGCAAGUAUUUUUGGGUGAUAUUUUUUGUGAAUAAAUAACACGUGAACGGUUA